AUGUUUCGGGCUUCUUUCCGGGCGGUCGCAGACCCUGUACGGGAGCACAUUUGCUUGUCCUGCCGAAUUCGCCGAUAUGACGCGCCAUCUACCUUGCGCCGAUUCCACAAUACACCCACGCUGCGCUCAAUAGCAAGCGGAGACAAGCCAGAGGAUAGCAAUGCAAAUAUACCAGUCGCCUCGGCGAUUCAAAUCCCUGGUUUGGAUUGGGCGAAGAAGGAUGAUCCUCCGAAAUCUCAAGACAAGCAUCCCAAAAAAUCUGGCGUGAAACAAACUCAUCAUAAAAAAUCCUCAGAAAAUAGGGAUGAUUCAGACCAAAGCCAAUCUACCCGCGAAUCAAAGGAAGAGAGCAAACCAAAGGAUGGGGGCAAAUUAAAGAAAGGCAACAAGAAAAAGAAAGGAAACAAGCCUAAGAAAAAUGUUGAAGGGACGGAAGAUGAUCAGCCCAAGGAGAAUUCACCAAAGAAAGGCAAAGGCAAAUCCACCGAGCCACGUCCGUCAACCGGCCCUGGGCUCCAGCAAGUAAGGCAUUUGGUUGAAGGGUCCAGAAGCAGAUCGCGAUCAAAACCGAAGCCAAAUAGCGGUACGACGGAAUUCGCACAUCUUCAGGGAUUCAUUCAACAAAAGCACACUGGAUAUAUAACACCGGAGAAGAUUAAGGCAUUGGAUAUCCCUACGCCCCCCGUCCCUAAGCUAUCAUUCGGCCUUGAUCGAGUUCUCUUUAACCCUGGUGUAUACCAUCUACAAGACCCUCGAUCCCGCGUCUUCAACUUUGAUCCCUACCUUGGUGAGAUCAUGCCAGUCACGGAAUUUGACUUCAAUACCCUCAAGGAAUAUAUCACCUCGUCCAAAGAUACAGCCCUGCGCGAUGUUGCUGUGGAACACAAGAAGAAAUACGUGGGGUCCUCGUCUAGCAUGACCUCGGUUCUAUCUCAUUUCCACUACCUGCUUUCUAAUUGGAGACCUGUGGAUACCCGCACAAUUUCUCAGGGAUUCCCCGACAAGUUGCGCAGCUUCACUCGUCUGCUCCGGGCUCCGGCCGCCAUGUUUCUUCACUACCAGGAUGGUGUGUACGCUAUCGAUGCGGAUAAGGAGUUUGAUUCGGCCAACAUUCUCAUGAACCUGGGCAAGUCGAUGGAGAAGUUGCUCACUAUGCCCAAAGAAGAAUUUGAGCGCUACCGCCGGUCCAGCGAUAACAAGAUCUCGGUUGAAGAGGAACUAGCGAUUCCCGAAUCCUAUCAUUUCUCCUCCUUGGGGGAUUUUGUCAUGCGUUCGCAGCUGGACGCUUACGACCCCCGAUUGCCAGGAACUGGCAUGUUUGAUCUCAAGACACGCGCCGUGGUCUCAAUCCGCAUGGACGCAAGGAACUACCAACAUGGCCUUGGCUACGAGAUUAAGAGUCGUUUCGGUGAAUUUGAGUCAUAUGAACGUGAAUACUUCGACAUGAUCCGGGCUGCAUUCUUGAAAUACUCGCUGCAAGUGCGCAUCGGCCGCAUGGACGGUAUCUUCGUGGCACACCACAAUGUCGAGCGCAUCUUCGGUUUCCAGUACAUCAGUCUGGGUGAAAUGGACCAGGCCUUGCAUGGUCAAUCGAAGACCGCACUUGGAGACGCUGAGUUCCAGCUUAGUCUGAAAUUGUGGAAUGAGAUUCUUGACAAAGCGACCGAGCGCUUCCCCAAGCAAUCUCUGCGUUUCCACUUCGAGACCCGGGAUGCGAUAACACCAUUCAUGUAUGUCUUCGCCGAACCUGUCACUCCAGAGGAAAUCAAAGAUAUCCAAAGCAGCAACGCCGCAGAAGUCGAAGCGUACCAGCAACGUCUUUUGCACCCCGAACUUUUUGAGCAGGAAGAAGCUUUCGAGGAACCUGAGGUAGAGCGACAUAUUACUUCCGUCAUUUUCGACUCUGAUGCCCCGCCAGAGCCGAUGACUCGCCAAGCAGAGGAGCAGCCGAAUGAAGAAGUACCUGUCCCAGAAGAGGAGAAGGCAAAGGAAGAAGUAUCUGCCCCAGGAAAGGAGAUCUUCGCCAUGGCCUUGUCUGUUACAAACAGGAUCAACGGCAAGGUUGUUGAACGGCCUAAUAAUUUCAAUCAUGCGGAUGAAUGGGAACUCGAGUACGAGCUCAAAGAGCUGUCUCCUACUCAGGGUGAAAGGCUGUACAGGAUGUGCCAGGCCCGCCGCAAGAGCUGCCUGAAUGUUACAGGAGAGGACACACAGGGUGCCGCUUCAAAUGUGUACUCCCGAAGAUUGAGGAACAUUAGUGAAGAUGGUAGGAAGUGGCGUGCCCGUCGCGAUCAAAACGAUAAAGAGCGUCCCACCAUCGUUUACGCGGAAGAAGUGAACUAA